AUGCAGCUAAUUCACAACCUUUUAUACACGGCGACACUGGCCGCAGCCGCCUUGCCGAGCAACGCAACCCUCAGCGACAGCGCUCUAUCGCUGUACAAUGCUACUCCUUCGCUAUGGGAUACAGUGCAGCAGUCGCCCAAUGCAAGCGCCAUGGUGGACCUGGGCUACUUUGACUUGACCAAGCCCUACCUCGGCGAGACGGUGGACACCUGGAAACUAUCUCUUUCUAUCAAAUCGGAUCUCCCCUAUAAGAAUUUCGAAAAGCCAGAUUCCUUUACGGGAUCUGUUUUGCAGAUUAUUCCGCCCGAGGGCAUGUUUAACAAGGACAACACCAUGGGCAAAGCAGAUCCUACCUGGUCAGUAUUUGCGUUGACGUGGCGAUUCCGACCAAACUCUACCGUCAAGGAGACCGACGGGCGCGUUGACUGUAGAAGUCUCGUCUCGCCAAAUUGUUUGGGGGCGAUGGGUAGCCUUCCCGCCAACUUGACUGAUGCGUCCUACGCCAACUUGUAUAAGGAGUUUUGUAGGGAUGAACAAGAGCAUAUGCGCUUUGAAGGUCAGGGUCCUGUUCCUGGUAAGGGCCUUGACUUGUCCUAUCUCCUUCUGGUGGACAAGGCACCUCCAGCCAAGGCGCCCAUAGACGAAUAUGACCAGGCCAUUCGCGAUAUUUACAUUGUCGGCACGAGGUUCUUCAACAGUGGGCACAAGCCUGGGGAUCACUCCAAUUACACCUUCUCAGUCACAGAUGUUAUAAGAUGUAUCCGCGCCACGGACUUCCAUGGCGGCAGCCGCACACGAGAUGGCGAAACGAGUGCUGCUACAUCGCUAGUACCUGGAUUGUGGGUGGUUACAGUAGCUGCAAUUGCCGUGUUCUUAUAG